AUGAGCACUUCACAAACCAAAGAGAACGCCCCCCAGGGACAGAUGUACUUGGAUAACAAAGAUUACAGUGCAGUUUCUAGACAACAAGAGAUGGAGCUGAAUCAGACAUCAUCACAUCAAACCAGUUUAUCUGCAAAGGUGGCAGCCAAACCAGUGACCAGAAGUUGCAAUGAGCUGCAGUUAUUAAAAGAGUAUCAUGGUAUGGUAGCAAGUCUUGGAGAGCCACAGACCCUAUGUGAAAAAUCAUCAAUAGAGGAGGAUGGCUGCAUUGCUCUGGGGGAGGAUUUCACUCCUGUGCCUAUGCAGGGAAGAUAUCACUUCAAUUUUUCAAAAUUUUUCAGCUCGAGAUCAAAAAACACUGUUUUUACAGAGAAGACACCACUACUGAAGGUGUCCUCAGAGGAAAAUGGGUUGCAGUGUGUGGCUCUUCAUAAUCCAGAUUUUACCACAGAUGAUGAUUCAUGGGACAACAGCUCUGCAGAAUUUGAGCAAAGGUUUCAACUGGAAAGUGAGAUGACAAGUUUUCCCAGAUCUGCUUCUUCUGAGAAAUAUGAAAUCUUGGACAGCCUUCAGGUCAAGUUCAAUUUAUCAAAGAUGAGAUGCUGUCUAAAAUUCCUGAAAGUUACAGGCCUCUUUAUCUUUGUAGUUGUCUGCUCUAUUUUAUUUGGCAUUUAUCCAGAUCAAGGUAUGCCCUGGCAGAUGUUGGCUGUAUCAUCUCUGGAAAGCUUCUCUAUGAAUCUGACUGACUUUCGUGAUUCUGCUCUGUUGAAGUUAGACAUAGGAGGCCCAUUUGAGGCACAAGUAGUUAAUGAGCAAACAGAGGAAUACAUCAUAGUACAGAUCAGCCAGAAUGAAGACACAGGAUCAAGGAGGAGGCGCCAGCAGCAGGUGGUAUACAACUGGUCUCUACCCUUAAGUUCAAGAAGAAAUCAGCAGAUCAUCACUACUAGAACCUUUCAGAUACCAAACAGAGGCACCAUCUUCAUAAACAUUCAAGCUUUCCUGCAGGAAUCUGGAAGUGUUCCUCUCUCCAUGAAGCAUCAGUACCUUCAUGCAAAUAUAGAGGCACAAGUAACAGUUGCAUCCAUCAUCUUAGUAGGUGUCUACGUGCUGAUCAUAUUAGAAAUUGUUCACAGGACCCUUGCAGCCAUGCUGGGCUCUUUGGCCGCUUUAGCUGCCUUAGCUAUUGUUGGGGAGAGGCCAAGUAUGGUCAAAGUAGUGGAGUGGAUUGACUAUGAGACACUGGCAUUAUUGUUUGGAAUGAUGGUUUUGGUGGCCAUAUUUUCAGAGACUGGGUUCUUUGACUACUGUGCAGUAAAGGCUUAUCGUUUCUCUCGAGGCAAGGUGUGGGCCAUGAUUACGCUUCUGUGCCUUAUUGCUGCAAUUCUUUCUGCAUUUUUGGACAAUGUUACCACUAUGCUGCUCUUUACUCCAGUAACCAUAAGGCUCUGUGAAGUACUUAAUCUUGAUCCUAGGCACGUCCUGAUUGCGGAAGUAAUCUUCACAAAUAUUGGGGGGGCUGCCACUGCUGUUGGGGAUCCUCCAAAUGUGAUUAUUGUUUCAAAGCAGGAGCUGAGGAAGAGGGGAUUGGAUUUUGCAGCCUUCACUGGGCAUAUGUUUUUGGGUAUCUGCCUUGUUGUUCUGGUCUCCUUUCCUUUUCUCAGACUUCUUUACUGGAACAAAAAACUUUACAAUAAAGAGCCAAGUGAAAUUGUUGAGCUGAAGCAUGAGAUCUAUGUUUGGAGGCUGACAGCUCAGCGCAUCAACCCAGCCAGCAGAGAGGAGACUGCUGUGAAAUGCCUUUUGAUGCAGAAGGUGCUGACUCUGGAGAUGCUCCUGAGGAAGAAGCUGAGGACGUUUCACAGACAAAUUUCACAAGAAGAUAAAAACUGGGAAACAAAUAUCCAGGAACUUCAGAAAAAACACAGAAUAACAGACAAAAUUCUUCUCAUCAAAUGUCUGACAGUGCUGGGAUGUGUUAUUCUUAUGUUUUUUCUCAACUCAUUUGUUCCAGGCAUCUACCUAGAUCUUGGCUGGAUUGCCAUGUUGGGAGCCCUUUGGCUGCUAGUGCUAGCAGACAUCCAUGAUUUUGAGAUGAUAUUGAACAGAGUUGAGUGGGCAACCCUGCUUUUCUUUGCAGCAUUGUUUGUUCUCAUGGAGGCUUUGGCUCAUCUGCACUUAAUAGACUAUAUAGGAGAGCAGACAGCUUUGUUAAUAAAGGUGGUUCCUGAGGAUCAGCGCUUGGCAGUGGCCAUCAUUUUAGUGCUCUGGGUGUCUGCUUUGGCCUCCUCUGUGAUUGACAACAUCCCCUUCACAGCUACCAUGAUUCCUGUGCUUCUCAAUCUGAGUAAAGAUCCAGAUGUUAACUUGCCUAUGAAACCAUUAAUCUUCUCAUUGGCCAUGGGUGCAUGCCUUGGAGGUAAUGGAACAUUGAUUGGAGCAUCUGCAAAUGUUGUUUGUGCUGGAAUUGCUGAACAGCAUGGUUAUGGCUUCUCUUUCAUGGAGUUCUUCAGGUUAGGUUUCCCCAUGAUGAUUGUGUCCUGUACCGUUGGGAUGUGCUAUCUUCUUGUUGCUCAUGUUGUAGUAGGUUGGAACUCGUAG